AUGAAAUGUCGCACACCUCUUGUUCUCCCAGUCUCCAUGGUGCCCUCUGCAAAAAAAAGAUACUUGGCAAUCCUCUCGCUGGGCGUAUUUGCCCAUUACUCGCCGCUGCAACUUGAAGCGUUGCAUUCUCAACUUGCCGCGUUCCUCUCCACUAACGCAGACUCGCUCGACCUCACCGAUUUGUUCGACCUCCGUCACUUACACUUUUUGGUGCUGCUCUUAACCAACAGAGACAAUGAGGCCCGUGCGUGUCUCGACAGACUCCACGACCAAUUCGGCAACCAGAAGUCGCAAAAGCUUAUGGUUCUUCGUCUGAUGCUAUACGAAGCAACCUCGAGCAAAAGAGACGCCAUUGCGGCGCUUGGCAAGGACGCCAAUGAUCUUCAAACGAGCCGCCGCUUGACGACUCUCGCACGGCGCAAAGACGACGGCUCGCCCGACCCAGUGGAGUAUGUGCGUGCCUUGACACACUACUUGGAUCUUCAGCCCGGCGACCCAGUGGCGUGGGCCGAAUUGGGCGACCAGUACAACUUGACGGGCCAUUAUGACAAGGCGGUGUAUUGCUUCCAGGAGGUGUUGAUGGUGCAGCCGCUUGCGUACAACAUGUUCUACAAAGUUGGGUUGAACCAGUACUUGCGCCUCUUGCAACAGGACGACCGCAGCGACAAGAAAGAGCGCCUUCUUGCGGGCAUGGAGCUUUUGCAAGGCGCGCGCGACGCCUUUUUGCGGGCGGUCGAGCUCAGCGACUCGUACUCGCGCGCGUGGGUGGGCGUCUAUGUGACGUGCGGGCACGGCUUGGUUGCGCGCCUAGGCGCCUCCGCGCCGCUUCGCGCGAAUACGGCCGUGGCAGCGUUUGUGGCCGAGUGCGGCCGGCUCCGCGCUGUCAGUCGCGCCCGCGUCAUGGAGUUGGAGGGCAUGUCGCCCGAAGAAUUCAAAGAGCUAGAGACGCAAAAGGCCACAUGA